AUGAAGUCUCUUCUCUCUGCCCUGCUUGUCGCGUCUUCCCUUGCGCCCCUGGGUGUUCUGGGAAGCGUGCAGCACUCGUCGAUCCCCAUGGACAAGCGCGCUGCCGUCUCGGACGGUAGCGAGUGCUGGACCGACUUUGCCAAGAACUCCCAGGACUGCCCCGUUCUUCAGGUUGCCUUCUUCAAAGAUGCUCAAUGCUCCCAGGCGCUCAACCUGGUCCGCACCACCCCUCAAGCCCUUAUCAAAGGAAACAAGCAGAUGCUCUUUGAAGGAGCUGUGGCCCAUUCGCUCAAGGAGCCUGUGGGAUCGGUUCGUAUCAUCGGUGCGGUCCCUGGCAUCGGUCUGGGCUUUGCUCGUCAAGAGGAAUCGGAUUCGGUGGUGCAGAACAUGGCCUGGAUGUCGUCGUCCGAGACGAUGAAGGCGUACCAGAGCAAGUCGUGCGUCAGCUUCGCCAACCUCGAUGCCAAGCGCGUGGGCGUGUGGACGGUCAAGGCUGACGACUCGUUCAACCCGCCCGGCGUCGCUUGGGAUGAGGACAAUAUCCCCAUCACUGAAUCAGCCCACGCCUGCGCCGAAGAGAGGCACCCUCACCGCCGGGGCACUCAGACCGUCUGCCUCGAGAAAGCCUCGUGGGGCAAGGGAGGCGUGUUGCAGCUGUACGACUCGGACGACUGCACCGGACGUGCCACCAAGCAGGUCUACAGCGCCGCCCAGUGCACUCCGGUCAAGACCACGGGAUCCAAGUCGUUCAAGACUUUCCGACCCCAGGGCGACAACUGCGACAUCAUCUUCAGCCCCGAGUACUACGACAUUGGACAGGACGGCUACCACCGAUGUGCCCAGCUCGACGUCUCCGCCGUCAAGCCCAAGAGUGGCGUCUGCCAGAAGUUGGACAACGGCAACAUGUUCGUCGGCGUGUACAGCAACGAUCCUCAGUUCCCUCAACCUGCUCCUGGCCCUGGUGACAAGGUGCUUCGCCAAAGCCACGGUGUCCGUCUCCUCAGCCCUGCCCCCGGCAAGCCCGCCGGCAAGCAACGUCGUGGCGCUGGGUUCUACGGCCCUUGA